AUGUGCCGGCUGUACAGGACCAUGUUGCUUCUUCCAUUGUCUAGCACAAAGGAUUUUGUCAUCAUCACUGGACCCCAGGGAGAGGGGUGGGGCCUGGCAGGGCGCCAGCGACCGCGAGGACCAGAGCCCUGUCGGGGAAGGAGGGCGUCCGCCUUGCAGAGCAGUUCUGAUCUACUACCACUGAGCCGGCCUCCUGCCCGUAUUUCCCCGCGUCCAUCUCUCUUUAUCCCGCGGUCGGUGGGACCGCGGAACCUGCUGUUGUCUUUGGGCUCUGGGCACUGUAGGGGAGGCGACAUCAGGCCUAUGGCGGCGGCGGCGAGGUCGGCCUUGUCGGUCCUGGCGAUGCGGUUGUCGCGCUGCGGGCUGGCUCGAGACUCGUCCAGCCCCUUCUCCAAGGCGCUCACGCGCACGCUGCUCACCUUCUUCGACCUGGCCUGGCGCCUGCGUAUGAACUUUCCCUACUUCUACUUCGCGGCCUCAGUGAUGCUGAACCUCCGCCUGCAGGUAUAUGUUUAG